AGAACGCGGCGCGCGAGUCUCGUGGAGUCGCGGAGUCUUCGCUUCUGUUUUUGAAGCGCGCGGGAGUGACUUUUCCUCCUUGUCCACGCGCGUGCACACAUCAAUCAUUACCGGAUAACCGAUAACCGAGGCGACCCCCAAAGGACCACGACCACCCCCUUCCCCCCCUCAUGUUCCCACGCUCUUCUUGCUUCUUUACGCACCGAACGCCACGCGCCCUCACGGGGACAGUGAUGCCGUGACGCCCGGCUGAUGCCAUGCCGCGGAACCACAGCGGCGUCGAAGGCGGCGGUCCCGCGCCGUGGCUGAGCGCGUCCCCGGCCCAUGGAGCCAAGGACAGUCUGGACGCCGCCGAGGCUGCGCGCCCCGCGUGCGCCUCCGCGUCCUCGCGCUCGGGCUCGGCGGCCGAGGGGGGCCAGCGCGGGAAGCAGCGUGGCGCGCGCCUCAGCCUGCUCGGGAAGCCGCUGCUGUACGGAGCGCACGGUGGCCGCAGGAACGCGCGCUACCGGCGCAUUCAGAACUGCCUGUACAACCUGUUGGAGAGACCGCGCUCGUGGGCUUUCAUCUACCACGCGUUCGUGUUUGUGCUGGUCUUCGGUUGCCUGGUGCUCUCCGUCUUCUCCACCAUUCCUACUCACAUGGAAAUGGCGUCCCGGGCUCUCUUCAUACUGGAGUUUGUGAUGAUCGUGGUGUUCGGGUUGGAGUAUAUUGUGAGGAUCUGGUCGGCCGGCUGCUGCUGCAGAUACAGAGGAUGGCAGGGACGACUACGCUUCGCACGGAAGCCCUUCUGUAUCAUAGAUAUCAUAGUGCUGAUAGCAUCGGUCGCUGUGGUUUCGGCCGGAAGCCAAGGCAACAUCUUUGCCACCUCAGCGCUGAGAAGCCUCCGCUUCCUUCAGAUCCUGCGCAUGGUGCGUAUGGACCGCCGUGGAGGAACCUGGAAGCUGCUGGGAUCUGUAGUGUACGCACACAGCAAGGAGCUGGUGACCGCCUGGUACAUUGGUUUUCUGGUGCUCAUCUUCUCCUCCUUUCUGGUGUAUCUCGUGGAGAAGGAGUUCAAUAAAGAGUUUUCCACCUACGCUGACGCGCUCUGGUGGGGAACGAUCACUCUGACCACUAUAGGUUAUGGAGAUAAGACUCCUAAGACGUGGACGGGGCGAAUGCUGUCUGCCGGCUUCGCUCUUCUCGGAAUCUCAUUCUUCGCUCUGCCUGCGGGUAUUCUGGGUUCAGGUUUUGCUCUGAAGGUUCAGGAGCAGCACAGACAGAAACACUUUGAGAAGAGGAGGAAUCCUGCAGCCUGCCUCAUACAGUGUGUUUGGCGUAGCUAUGCAGCUGAUGAAAACUCCAUUUCCAUUGCUACCUGGAAGCCUCAUUUAAAGGCGCUGCAUACCUGCAGUCCCACAAAGAAGGACCAGGCUGAGACUUCCACCAGUCAGAAGCUGAGUUUUAAGGACCGGGUGAGGAUGGCCAGUCCUCGGGGUCAGAGCAUUAAGAGCAGACAGACGUCAGUGACGGACCGCCGCUCUCCGGGAGCCGAGAUCAACACUGAGGGAUCCAGUCCAGCCAAGGUCCAGAAGAGCUGGAGCUUCAACGACCGAACCCGCUUCAGACCCUCCCUCCGCCUCAAGAGCCAAUCACGCUCCACCACUGACGCAGAGUCUAAUGUGGGAGCAGGAGAGGAGGGUUUUGAUGAUAAAGGCUGUCACUGUGAGAUUUCUGCUGAGGAUCUGCUUCCUGCAGUGAAGACCGUCAUCCGAGCAGUGAGGAUCAUGAAGUUCCACGUGGCGAAGAAGAAGUUUAAGGAGACGCUGCGUCCGUACGACGUGAAGGACGUGAUUGAGCAGUAUUCAGCCGGACAUUUGGACAUGCUCUGUCGGAUUAAGAGCCUUCAGACCAGGGUGGAUCAGAUCCUAGGGAAAGGUCAGGUUCCUGUGGACAAGAAGCUACGGGAGAAGCUGAUGUCUGAAGGAGACUUGCUGGAAGAUGUCAGCAUGCUGGGCAGAGUGUGUAAAGUCGAGAGGCAGGUCCAAUCGAUCGAAUCCAAGCUGGACUCUUUGCUGGACAUCUACCGGCAGGUCUUGAGGAAGGGCUCCCCCUCAGCCAUCAACCUCUCUUCGCUGCCACUGUUUGAGCUGGAGCAGACGUCCGACUACCAGACUACCAGUUCAGCCUACAGCAAGGACUCCCAGUUCAGUCGCUCAAGCAGCUCCAACCUUCACCGGGGCCUCCACCUCAUCCUGGCUCCCAACGAGCUCAACCUUAACCUCAACAAUUCAUCUGGAUCACCUCCUGGUCUUACCAACCCAACCUCGGCACCACCGUUUUGCCCAUCCCCACUUCAACCGCUGACCACGCCUACACCAGAGGGUCCAGCCAUUGGCGGCAGCCCACCGCCAAUCCUCACACCCAACAACAUCCACUCCGGUGGGAUGCAUUUUUCCAACAUUGGCCUCCUCCCACCACCACCAUUGCCAACAGCACCUACCAGACUUCAGCUGCCCCUGCUGGCUUCCCAGCCAGGCCUGAACAACAGCAGCUCAAGUCCACCUCAGUCGAGCCCUCCUAGUGACUACCCGCCAUCAUAUUUAGCAGGACCCCAGCAGAAGAACAGGCCCAGCAUCAAGGAGGAUGGAUCCUGGAGGAGACACAUGAGUCUGGAGAUGGAGAUGGAUAUGGAGAUGUACCCCCUGGCUGCACUGUCUCCAGGCAAAGGGAGCCAAGAACUGGAGAAGUCCCUUUCAAUCCAGGACCUCAUAGAGGCUCCAGAAGUGGACGGACGUGGAAGCCUCUCGGCCAGCAGCAGCCAAGACUCUGGAGGCGGCUGGGGCGAAGCCGACCUUUUCAUCGCCGACAGUGACCUGGAGAACUCGGUUCAGGCUCACUCCGGCUUCGGUUUCCUUUCCCAGCCCACAGCCGACGUCAUGUUCUCCUCCGAGCUUCUGAGGGCCACAACAGCUGGAGAACCCCUCAACCUGCCCAACACUGGGGGCACGGAGCCUUUCAGUAUGCCACACGUUUGACUAGAAUGACUUUGACUAGAAUGAACUCUUUCUUGUCGGACUCGAAAUGAAAUGAAGUGUUGGUCAGAAGUGCAAACGGCCUAUGAACGUGACUAGCUGGCGAUUAGCAUGCUAUGCUACACUGAAAAAGUGAUAUAGGGAAGAAUUUGAUUGUUUGUUUGAAAUGUUUUCUUCAUUCCCACAUGAACAAAAUCAAAAUUUAUAAUAAUGCUAAUUUCUGUUAGUGUUUUAGCACUAAGCUAACACUAGUGGUUCUGCAUUAUGGUUCUAUGAUUUAUGUAAAGUUCAAUAUGGUACAAAGAAUGGUGCAAAGGACCACCAGAUGAGUGUUUUGAUUGCCCCCCGAGGUUUACGUAAAU